AUGGUUAUUACAACAGAUAUAUCUGCACGCGAUAGAGCUUUAACUGCUAGACAUUUAGCAAACCCUAAUAUAACAAAUAUUAAUGAUUCUAAUAGACCCGGUCAUAUAUUUUCAUUAAGAUAUGCAUUAGACGGUGUCUUAAAAAGGAUACGACACACUAAAGCAUCAACAGAUUUGAUUAAAUACCGUUUAGAAAAUGGACAUUUAGAAAUUUAG